AUGGCCUCGGAUCAUACACAGGAAAAGAGGGCAUGGGAUUCCACGAACGAGAAUGAGAACAAAACAGAGACUCUGGCGAAACGACCACGCUCAAUGGCCUGUGAGCUCAACGAUACUGAGAGCCCAGAACACCACACCAGGAAAGAGCUGUCUCAUGAAGACUAUACCGUUGUAUGGGUGUGCGCUCUUCCUAUGGAAAUGGCUGCGGCGAAAGCGAUGCUUGAAGUUGUGCACAAGCCCCUUUUGAUGAACCCUAACGACACCAACCAAUAUGUUUUCGGCAGCAUCGCUCGCCACAACAUCGUUCUUGUUUGCCUACCAUCUGGGCAAUACGGCAUGGCUAGGGCUGCUAUCUUCGCAAACCAAAUACACUGGAACUUCCCUUCUAUCUACAUAAAGCUGACGGUUGGGAUUGGCGGUGGUGUUCCCAGCAAAGGCGAUAUGCGGCUCGGUGAUGUUGUGGUUGGCCAGACUGGAACAUUUCGCGUAACUGAUUUCCUAGGCUACCCCCCUUGGACUAUCUAUCAGGCAGUCACCAAGCUGUGGGCCGAUCACAAAUCGCAAUCCAGUUCGAUACCCUUGAUCCUCUCCGAGAUGAUACAGAGGAAUCCUACGAUGUCCGCCUACACAUAUCGUGGAACUGAACAAGACCGGUUAUACGAGGCUACCUACGACCAUGUAGGCGAAACCUGCGAAUUUUGUGAUCCAGCCGAACUCGUCCACCGGAAUGCGAGGCCCGAUAACAACCCACGUAUACAUUAUGGCACCAUACACUCUGCGGACCAUGCCAUGACGCGUGGCCGAACACGUGAUAUUUUGGCAGUAAAGCAUGACGAUAUUUGGUGUUUUGAGACGGAAGCAGUUGGCUUGGAGAGACAUUUUCAAUGCCUUGUCAUCCGGGGCAUUUGCAAUUAUUCAGAUUCCCACGAGGCAAAACAAUGGCAAGAAUAUGCCGCAGCCACUGCUGCGGCCUAUGCAAAGGAAUUAAUGUCUGUAAUACAACCAGGGAUAGUACCCCCACCGAUGCCAAGCGCACAAGAAGCGUUCCCAAGCGACAAGUCGUUAACGCUGGGGCCAUCGGGAUUGAUACAUUCCUUGGGACUCUCGAAAAUCGACAGUCGAUAUGAGAACAUCAAGGAAGCUCAUUCUCAAACGUGUCACUGGCUGCUUGACCACCCUGAUUAUUUGUGCUGGCUAGAUCCCAGCAAGAUGACCGACCAUCACGGCUUUGUAUGGAUCAGUGGCGAACCUGGGACAGGAAAGUCGACAAUUGUGAAGUAUGCUUCGAGCCAGGCGACCAAAAACGCCACGCCAGAAUCUGCCGUCAUCUCGUUCUUCUUCGACAACCAUGGCUACGACCCGGAGAGGACAAUCGAAGGGAUGUACAGGUCGCUACUGCUGCAGUUGUUUUCAAAGUUACCAAUGCUGCGAGAGGCACUCAACGAUGUAGCGGAUAAACCUCUCGGCUCCAUCAGUUCUGGUCUAUCCAAAGUUCCACUUCUACAAGACCUUCUCCUCAAGGCCAUUGCAAGGCUGGGCCGACAGGAGGUUACCUGCUUCGUCGACACCUUCGAUGAGUGUGACGAAAAAGAAACGGGCCACCAAGGAGACAUCGAGUUCUACGUUCAGGAUAAGUUGCAAACUAGGAACCAGGAGCAAAGCGAAGACAUCAAAGCCCAAGUUCUCCAGAAGGCAUCAGGAGUCUUCUUGUGGGUUGUGCUAGUGGUGGAUAUACUUAACAACGAGUAUAUACAAGGGCACAUAUCCGCAGUCAAGGAGAGACUCAUUGAAAUACCUCCUGAACUUGACGGGUUAUUUCACUAUAUCUUGACGCGAGAUAAGGACAACAUCGAUGAUUUCCUUUUCUGUAUCCAGUGGCUGCUCUUUAGCAGUCGGCCGCUCACAAGGGAAGAGUACUACUUUGCCAUGACAGCUGGCUUGCAACCUCAAGUUCCUGGCCCUCGAAAUCCCAACGAGAUAACAACGGAAGACAUGGACCUAUUCAUUCUUAGAUCUUCAAGGGGACUGGCUAUUACGCUAACCAGAUCCAACAAGUGGAGUUCCUGCAAGACUUUUCUGUAUUCGUCCCUGGAUCCUGGGAUCCCCGCCGUCGCCUAUUUGAUCCAAAUCGAAGGUACCGCUCGCGUAGCAUAG